AUAAGCAGUACGGGGUUUCUUUUUUAUACUUUGUUUAGACUUGAUUAUGUGUGAAGGAUUGCAAGGAUUAACAUUUAAUCCUUUUAAAAUUAUUAAACAAGAGAAUGUUCAUUAUCCACGAGAUGGAAAAGUACGAGAACUUAACUAUACAUCGUGCAAAAUUGUAGGAAGUGGUUCUUUUGGUGUUGUUUUUCAAACACGCCUAAUUGAUACAAAUGAAGAUGCAGCUAUUAAGCGUGUAUUGCAAGAUAAACGAUUUAAAAAUCGUGAACUUCAAAUUAUGCGUUUAAUUCGUCAUCCUAAUAUUGUUGAUCUUAAGGCAUUUUUUUAUUCGAAUGGUGAACGUAAAGACGAAAUUUAUCUUAAUCUUGUUCUUGAAUACAUUCCAGAAACAGUAUAUCGUGUGUCUCGGAAUUAUGCUAAGAAAAAACAGACAAUGCCUCUUUUUGAUAUUAAGCUUUAUAUUUACCAGCUUUUUCGUUCUCUAGCAUAUAUACAUUCUCAAGAUAUUUGUCAUCGUGAUAUUAAACCGCAGAAUCUUUUACUUAAUCCUGCUAUAGGUGUUCUUAAACUUUGUGAUUUUGGUUCAGCUAAAGUUCUUGUUGCUGGAAAACCUAAUGUUUCAUACAUAUGCUCUCGCUAUUAUCGAGCACCCGAACUUAUUUUUGGUGCAACAAAUUAUACUACUAAAAUAGAUAUUUGGUCUACUGGAUGUGUUCUUGCAGAACUUAUGCUUGGUCAACCUAUUUUUCCUGGUGAAUCGGGUAUUGAUCAACUUGUUGAGAUUAUUAAGGUGUUGGGUACACCAACACGUGAACAAAUUAAAACAAUGAAUCCCAAUUAUAUGGAGCAUAAAUUUCCACAAAUCAAAUCUCGUCCUUUUAAUAGAAUAUUUCGGCGAGAAACACCUAAUGAUGCUAUUGAUUUGGUUUCUCAUCUCUUAGAAUAUAUACCAGGUUCUAGGUUUUCCGCUAUUGAGGCUUUAGCCCAUCCCUUUUUUGAUGAAUUAAGGGAUCCUAAUAUAUCUUUACCCGAUCCUUCUUCUGAUGAUGCUUCCAUGGUGAUCCAAAAGUUACCUUCUCUUUUUGAUUUUACUGAGCAUGAGUUGUCUAUCCGCCCUGAUUUGAUUGAAAAAUUAGUUCCUCCACAUGUAGUUCCUGAACUUAAUGCAAGAGGCAUUGAUAUUUAUAAUUUUCAGCCAAUAUCAUUAGAAAAAACACGAAUAAAAUUGGAUUAGCAAGUAAUAUGUAAGAAUAUUUAGGCACGCUAUAAAUGAUGCAAA